GUAGAAGAAACCCUUUUGUAUACAUUUCCAUGGCGGCCAGGAUCAAUUAGUGCGCGCUGUCCGCAAUAUCCCAGUUUUAUUUUUAUAAAGAUUACACAGACGGCCUAAAGAGAUAUCUGGUUACCCAUUCCGCGUAAUCAAAAUGUCUGGAGGUGGAUGUCGCUGUCUUAUCGUGUCGCUGUGGUAUUAGGCAAGCUAAUAGGCGGUUACAAAGAGCAGCCGAAUCCGGAAGGCAGGUGAAAAACACAUUACAAGUGCUUUAAACACAAAGAUCGUCCGUUUUACAACGAAAAGAAAGGCUGCCUGCUGCAAGGAAAGUUUACUGUGUUUCUUGUCGAGAUUUCAACGCGACGCUAAUUACCAACACACCACUCUUAACGUUGUUGCUGCCAGAGAUCUACUUUUCAAGUUGUCCGGUUUAAAGUCCGGCCUUCAUGAAACAACUGGGUGUUCAUUUACUUAUCAAUCAUUUCGGACUUCAUUUGCGGAAUUUUUUGAACAUCCUAGACGUUCAAUAAAGAACUGACCCAAGAAACUAGUACAUUGGUCUGGUUUUAUUUUCUGCGAAAAGCCGGUUCGUGGCUUAUCAUUCUGGACUCAUUAAACAACCUUAUUGGACUUGGUGAACGCUAAUAGGAGCCACUGUUCCGGACAUUAUAUUUUGGUUUUCUAAUGCAAAGCGGAUAUAUACCGGCUGUUCGGUUGCAUCUUGUAAUUUAAACCGGACCAAACCGGUUUUUUACGAACAGCAUCUCUUCCAUGAUUAAAAGCAUGUGGUUUCUUCAGAAAAAGAUCAAAGAGGAUUUUUGAGAAAAAUAUCUUCGUCACUGGCGUUGGAACAAUACUUAUGUUAGAGAAAAUGUUUUUCAAGAUUUGCCGAUAACGUUUGCCGAUAAAGUUUCCAUCUUCCGCAGAAAAUAUUUUCCAAUAUUGGUUGACAUAUCGAACCAUUCAAUCGCAAUAUUAGAAAACAAAGAAAUUGAAUAUUAUUGGAAAUAUUAUUGAGUGUGGUGUAAAUAUUUGCUAGAAACCUGAUACUCAAUAAAACCUGAUAUUUAUGGUAUUGUCGAGUUAUCUUCACCAGAUCCAGCUAGACUUCUUUGAAGUAUAAUUUGCAGUAUUACUAUCGUGGGUGUUAGAUAUUGGACGACAUUUUCAAGUAUCAGUUGAUUCAAAUAUAUGAACGAUAUCGUAGAAAACCAACUGGAAUCAACACUUAGCUGUAGAGAGUCAGUUGUUGCUAAAUUUUCGACGAUAUUGUAUAAUAUCACUUGGUUCUGAUAUCGUAUUACCUUCUAUUGUACAUUUGAAUAUCAGCUGCUGCCAGAGUUUGGGAGAUAUUGUAUAAUAUCAGCUGGUACUGAUAUGAUAUUGCCUAAUACUGGUUAAUAUCAGUUCCUGGAAACUUAACAACCUACUGUUGAUCAGUUAGAGCAGUUUCCUUACUCCGAACCAUAAUGUUUUGCAGAGAAUAACACAAAUCAUUUAGACUGUAUUGCCUUGUAUUGUGCACAUGAAUGUGUAAUAUCUAUGGAAUAUUAUGCAUUAAAUAUUUGACUGAGCGGGAAAACAAUUUGAUACCACCUGAUAUCAUCAUGAAGUAACACACGCCUCGACAUAUAACUUUGAGCUGCAAGCUGCAUAAUAUUGACUGCAAGUAGUGAAAAUUUCAUUCGAAAUUUCUGGGAAAUGCUGAAUACUUGGAUUGGCACGAUACCAUUCGAUAUCAUUUGAUGUUAUGGAGAAGUAGUACGCUUGCCAUGAUAUCAUUUUGAGAUAAAAUUGCACGAUAUUUGAGAUAGUAUUGAAUUUUCCACGGGAAUUAGCAAUACACGACCAAGAAUAAUACAUAUGAAUAUCAGCUGAUGUUUAGCACUGACUCGAUACAGGUCCGUAUUAUCACAGACUGGAUAUAGCUUUUUACGAUAAAUGGCUGACACGCCACGAGCUUGUUUAAUAUCUGACAUAAUAACGAAAUCAACCACCAACAACAACAAUAACAACAAUCAUAUUAGCAACAACAGCAACAACGGUAGCCAUCAUGAAAAAUCGAAGACCUAUAGCAAUGGCGAUUUCAUCUCGAAAAGAAGCGCCGAACACGGAGACACUAUUUCACGGAACAAUUCCAAGGAAACGCUCCUGCGGGAUGAUUCUAUAACCCGGAAUGGUUCGAGGAAUAAUAGUUGCGAUGACAUACUAUCAGCAAGUAGUCACGCAGCGCCACGAACAUCUCUACAGAAAGGCCUGUCUUUUAGCGAAGACAAGGCCAAGAAACAUCUUCAUGGAUUUGUGAUGGUUUCAUGGAAAGUUAGGCAAUUUUCUCAAUUGGAAAAGGCCCUGAGGCCAGGUAUAAUCGCCUUUCAGUAUAAGAACGAUGACACCCUGGAAUCUAUACUACAAUCAGCGGAACGGGAAUUGGACGGAAGGAAAGUCCGAUACAUUGCAUUUGUAGGCCAUGGAUCCCCUGGAAAGCUGGUGAUAUGUCACGACCAGGUUCUCUCUGCCCGCGGUUCUCCCGCAGAGCAAAAUGAAAUCAUGGAUUUCUUCAAAGGUUUAGUCGAAGUUUUAAUGGACAGAGCUGACUCGAUGUCAAGACUGGAUUUCCUCGCUUGUCCCUUGUCUGCAAAUAACGAAGGCCUACAAGUUCUGAGACAUCUAGAAGAGUUUAUCAAGGUUCCGGUUCAUUCCAGCAAAGAUCUUAAUGGUGGAGACUCAAAAGAUGGGUCAAUAUCAGAUGUGUAUUUCAAAGCUGGUUUAUUGAGAAGCUGGUCCGGAAAAGCGAACCAAUCUAUAAGCAAUUUUGAGAAGAUCCGGACUGUUGGAAAGGGUUCAUAUGGAGCUGCAGUACUUUAUCGCAAAAAAGAUGACGAUUCUCUUGUCAUCCUCAAAGAGAUAAACAUCCAUGAUCUUAACGCAACGGAACGACAAAUGGCGAAAAAUGAGGUCAAAGUUUUGAGCAUGCUCAGUCAUCCGAAUAUAAUUAGUUAUUAUGACAGCUUUGAAGAGGAAGGGACUUUGUGGAUCGAAAUGGAAUACGCAGAUGGAGGAACCCUUGGACAAUACCUUUCAAAACUGGAAAAAGAAUUGGACGAAAAGGAAAUUCUCCUCAUGUUUCAAGAAAUGGUUUCAGCAAUUAAGUAUAUCCACGAUCAUAACAUUCUUCACAGAGACCUCAAAACGGCCAAUAUAUUUCUAACCAAAGAGAACAAGGUGAAGUUAGGAGAUUUUGGCAUCGCAAAGAUUAUGUCAACACGGCAAGAUGCAAACACUGUUCUGGGCACACCGUAUUAUAUUUCGCCAGAAAUGUGCGAAGGCAAACCGUACAACGAGAAAAGCGACAUGUGGGCUCUGGGCUGUAUUCUCUAUGAAAUGGCAAAUCUACAAAAAACAUUUGAAGGAACGAAUCUACCGGCGUUGGUCAACAAAAUAAUGAAGGGUUCAUUUGCUCCAGUUAAAGAAAUAUACAGUUUGGAAUUCCGAGUUUUGGUCAGGGAUUUGCUGUCCAAAGAACCGAAUCUCCGACCAUCUGCACAGGAGCUUUCGAUCUACCGCAUUCCUGAGCUUUUACAAAAAUUUGAUGCUAAAUCUGGUAAAGAUGACUACGAUCUGUUUGGUGGUACAAGAAGAUCACUGUUGUUCUAUGCUGAUGUGUCUUCCGAAAAACUUUUCCCAGUUUGUGGUCUGCCUUCCAAGAUCCAGAUAACGGAGGUUUCAUUGGGAAUAAGCCACGUCGUGGUCGUGAGCAUGGAGCGCGGGAUAUUCGCGUGGGGAGACAAUACCCACGGGCAACUAGGCCACGGUGAUCAACUGGAACGCCAAACUCCACAAGAAGUUGUUGCACUCAGAGGAAAAUCAAUUUUAAGGGCAUCAUGCGGUGACAAUUUCACGGCGUUUCUAAGCGACAAUGGCCUCCUUUUGACCUGCGGGCAGGGCGAACUUGGUUGCCUAGGCCAUGGAAACUGGUUGGACGCUGGGAAGCCGAAAUUGAUUGAUGAUCUGUUGACACGUGACAUCGUCUCUGUGAGCUGUGGUCGACAGCACGUGGCUGUUGCCUCUGCGGACGGCGCUGCAUUCACGUGGGGUGUUGCUGAUGACGGGAGACUGGGUCUAGGUGAUGAAGAAACAAACAGAUGCACCCCAACUGAAGUUGUGUUCAAUGAACCUGUCUGUGUCCGGGAAGUUCGUUGCUCCGCUGAUGGUACCGUGUUUGUUAUGGACACGGGGGUCAUCUUCGCUUGUGGCAGAAACGACUGCAACAAAAUUAGGCUGAAUCCGCGACAAGGAUUUUUGCAGCAACUCAAAUUAUCGCGUGCUAGCAAGAACAUCGAAAGCGUUAAAUCCCCUGUCCUCGUCAAAGACUUGUGCAAGUACCAAAUCGCCGAAGUUUGUUUUGGCGAAAAUCACACAACGAUAAUGACUGAAUCGGGACAAGUCGCAAGUAUGGGCAGCAACAACGAAGGUCAGCUUGGAUGCGGAAACACGAAAUCACGUGAUGUUCUCACUACAGUCAAAGGACUGGAGGAUGAGCAUGUCAUUGCUAUAGCAUGCGGGAAAUCGUUCACAUUGGCCGGUACGAACGGAAACACUGUGUUCUUCUGGGGAACGAAACCCCGUAAGCGAACCAGAAGUUACAACGCCUCGGAAUCAAGUUCGCCAAACCAGAGCAUCAAUAGUGGAAACCGGACCAUAAGAAACCGGAAAUCAUCCCUUGGAAGUUUCGACGAUUCUGGACUGGAAAAAAGCGCUAGUAUGGAUAAAAGUGGCAGCAUUGGGUCCGAAUAUGACAAUUCUGGGUGCAAAAGUGACACGGAAGGAAAGAACGGUAAAAGACCGGACAGUUGGUCAAAAAACCGGGCGGACAGUGCAAAAUCGUUACCGGAGCGAAUGAGUAAUCAAGGGAGUUUGCAAGAAGACGUCUUUGACGAGGAGGCGGAACGUCUUGAGGUGCGGAGGAAGCAGUUCUUACGUAACAUAUUGAGGCAACAGAGUGAGAUGAAUGUGGGAAUGCUCAAAAUGGCGAUGAAGGAGGGAGCUGUGGAUAUCAUUCCAAGAAAAAUAUUUGAAUUUUCAGCAAUAUCCGGUAUUGAAGGGUAUGAUGACUGCGAAGAGUACCCCGUUUUGUUACAAGACAUCAAAUGCUGUGGUGACCACGUGUUUCUUCAACUCGAGACUAAAGCCCCGUUACCAAAGCGGAAGAAGAGAAUUUCUCGGAAAGAAAGCAGUCACAAAGCUGUUGCUAAUAAACAGCAUUUCGAAGACUCGUCGUCAAGCAUGACAAGUCAUGGACAAGACGAUUUAAACAGCUCUGAAGCUUCAGAAAUGGAUAACACUGGUGAUGUACCCUCCUGGAUAAAGGACGAAUUGGAAGGGGGAAUCCCUGUUGACCCAAAUAUGGAUGCAUCGAGUGAGGAUUCCAGUGAUGCCGAGGAAUCAUCAGCGCUAAAGAUCGUCCCGAAAGGCUCCAUAAAACACCCGCAAAUUCAGGAACGAAUUGCACUUAGCCGUCGCUCUAGCAAUCAAAGUUUGCGUCGUAACAGAGAGUUACGAGCUCGUAUUUCGACAGGCAUUGCCAGCACGCAAAGCGAAACAGCGAUUCCUGAGAGUACAAUUAUCGACGGUGUCGCAAUAUCGACAAGUACGAGUUUAACUACAUCGACUGCCGUAAAUUCCUCGUCAAGUGUUAGUCGCAGCAGCUCAGUUACGGAGAUCGAUAUGAAUUCGCCGUUGCAUGUUACGGACGAGGCGAAAACCAAUUCGACGACUGCGGGAAUUGCCAAAAAUGAUGUUGAUCCGGGCAUGCAGGCACUUAGUCUUUCAAAGGUCUUCCCCCGUCCAGCUUCUGGUCCUUCAAAGCGAGAUUCUGGUGGCAAGAAAGAAAUUGGGGGGUCAGCUGCAGCCAUUCACUCUUCAGACAGUGGAAUUGAGUUUACGCCUGUUGAGAACUUUUUCUCUGAAACAGAGUCACCAAGACCGAAGAACAGCCCAGAAGACAAAGUUCCAGCAGGAGGAAAGAAGGUCUAUGCUUUUGUAAAUGAAAGGCCUAAGCCAACAAAAUCCAAGAAAAGUGGGAACGGGGCUUCUCAACAACGUGAACGAGGCGGUGAAAUAAGAUCACGUGGUGCAGCAAGGGGGCGCCUUCCUGGCAACAAAGGACGUGUUGUGAGCGAUAGAAACGUUGUGAGGGAUGAAGAAGCAGCGAAACUUUGCGAAGAGCUCAAAGCGAUGAGACAGUUGCACGAGCAACAGGAGAAGGUUCUGGACCAUGUCAGGAAAGAGGCUUUGGAAUCCGAAGCGAGGCUGAAGGAGGAGAUAGAAAAACUUCAACUCGAAAAAGCGCACGCCAUGGAUAAGUUGUACAGAACGCAAGAAGAGCAAGGGCGACAGGCAGAUGCAAAGAUAGUGGCUCAACAAAAAGAGGCCGAGGAUAGAGAAGCAGAACUGAAAUCGGAGGUUUCCACUUUGAGAAGCGAGCUCAAUAAGCAAAGUGAGAAGCUGCAAGAAAAUUAUGGAAUUCUGAUAACUGUCCAGGAACAACUUCUUCGUAUGCAACAGGAACAAUUUCGUUCUCAGCAAGGACGUAUGGAGUCACCAAAUUCACCAGGAAAGAUGCCUAAGCAGAGGUCUGUAUCAACCCCGACCUCGACGUCACACCGCAACUCCAGUCAGUCGAAUAGCAGUCAGGAAAAUCGAACAAAAAGUGCUGUCUGUGCGGUUAUGUAAAGAAUUACAUUCUUAUCAGCUUAUGCUAACGAAUAUUUCCGAAUUUGAUGGGGAAUCAAUCUGCGCUUUCAGAAGCCUCUGUUCCCCCGUGAAGCUACCAACGACACCCAUUUGAGCAUCAGGCAGUCAGCAGUGGUAACGGGGGUGAACGCAGGAGAAAUACAGUUUCCAAGGUGCUCAAGUAAUGACAUCACGGCUUACUCAAGUAAUGACGUCAUCGGCCAAGAAAUCAACUAUUCUUGGUUUAGCAGUUAGAAAGAGAUUCGUAUUGGUGUCUCAACUGGAGCAAAUAAACUGUUAAUUUAUAGUGCUGUAUGCUCCAGUUAAAAUGGGAAAUCGCGUAGGCGAUUUGAUGUAUAUUUAUUGUCCUUCAUGGGGGGAGGGGGUUGCAGUGAGACUAACCUUUAACCAUAUGUCUGUUAGAAACCCUUUUGACAGCAAACAAGUUCCAUUUUGGUCGUAUGUAGUCCAUGAUAAAUUUAUUGGGAUAGCUCAAUGUUGCUAACAACCGCAAGAUCUCUCCAACCUCAUACUCUACGUCUAUUUAUACGCAUACCUCCUUGUGUAGUUAGAAUGUUAGACCCUCCCCCCCCCCCAAAAAAAAGGGAUUGGUUUCCUAGUUGGCCUAUUUAUAGCUGGCUCAAGCCAAUACCCUAUCCUGUUAUGAACGUUAAUGGCUGUAAGGUUAAGACUGCCCCUCUACUGCACACCUUGUAGUUAGAUCCCCCUGUAGUCGCUGGAUGUUGGGUUCCCAAACCCUCCGUUCUGUUCUGUUUCUAUUUUAUCAUCUUAUACCAGUGCAGUUGUUUCACAAUUUCGUCUUAAGUGAAUAGCAUUUCCUAGGGUGCCUAUGACAGUUUUCUAUGGAUAGAGACAGCCCCCUCCCCUUUCCCUCGUGGUUUUUCCCAAUGAAUAUGCAAUUAAGCAUUCCGAAGCACCCACAAAUAUAAACAAUAACUCAUUUUUUUCCUUUUUAUUCUUGAUUCUCCACUCAGGGGCGUCAGGAAUAAACUUCCCUAAUCAGACUGUAGGAUAAGAGAUUUGUCACAAGACUGUAGGUCAUAGAAUGGAAUUAUUGAUAGAGCAAAGGUUUACUAGAUGUUUCGAAAGCAACAGUGAUUUUCUGACAGACCCUUGUUCAAUAUGGGUGUCACGAGCCCCCCCCACCCCAUCCCUCGCCCCCACACUCACACGUACACGCACAGAUUCCCCCUGUCCCUAGUGCUUCUUCUUCCCCAACCCAACUUCAUAACAUCUUCAACAACCUCUCCAGCCUUUAUCUCCGCUUCAAACCUGUAGCCUUCUCUUUGUCACUUAAAACACCAACAAUUAUCGUUCCAAUCUUCCACAACACACAUCAACACAUCAUAUUCCCUAGACCCCAAACUGGACAGCAAAGCCUGCUUCUUCCUCCCCCGCCCCCACCCAUAUCUGUGUAAAAAACGAAACAUGAAUAUUUGCUGUAAAAUAUUUUCUCAAAUCAUUAGUUGCUGUAAAUCUUAUAAUUUCAGGAUGUUUAUAAUAUUCACAGUUUCUUGAAUUUAGUUGUAGAUAGUUUCUAGAAUUGCGAGAGACUAAGUUUUCUAAAAAGCAAACAAUUAUUAAGUAUUAUCAUUUAAAGUUCCUCUACAUAUAAACAUUUUCAAAUAAGCUAAUCAGGUGUAAAUAAAUAAAAAUGCAUACAAUAACAAUGAUGUAAGAAAAAAAUUGUAGACUUGCAUGAAGGGAAUUUCUUAAGGAGGGGCCCUCUCAGUAGAUAAACUAAUCGAGGGGAGGGCAACUCCUUUUUUAGAAAGGGCUCAAAAUCUAUUUAAAUAGUGAGGAUGUAUUGAUAAAUGUGCAAAAAAAAGUUAUAUAUAACUUUGGGUAUAACUAUACAUAUUUGGUCGCGUGCAAAAAGUUAGAAAGCCACCUGGUUUCAAUUUGGGGUCCUUUCGAGGCUUGAGAGUCAUUUCGAGGCGAAAGUCUUGUCACGUGACCGUGCCUGUAGAUCUUUGGCCGAACUAGGAAGAACUAUUCAAUCGAUUAUUGAUUCUUAAUUUUUCUUUUGUCGUCAAAUACCCACAAAAUUUUAUACUCAAUUAAUAAGUGUAGUAGUCUUCUAGUAGUCUGCUUGGCAGAAUUUUAUAUGGAUGUUGAUGCUUGUGAUAAAGAGAAGCCCAUUAUUUUGAAGUGUCCGUUAUAAGAUGGUGUCCGAUGCAAGGGACAGUGUCAUUAUUUGGAGGUUUGAGCCCCUAAAUGUUGUCCGUUCUUGGAACUGUCCGUAUUUAUUGUUGUGUCUGUUAAAAGUAUGUAUGCACAAUUUGGAGGUGUCCGUUAUAAUUGACUGGCCGUUUCAUUGUGAUGUCAAUUUGUAGGAGGAGUCCUUUAUUUGGUUUUGGCCGUUUAUGGAUAUUUCUAGUAUGUUAUAGAUGGAUGUUGCCUCGUCUUAACGCGCGGUUGUACCGCAUACUCGCCGCGGGAUUAUAGAUCAUAAUAACUACCCAUCGCGCUGUCUUAUUCCGCGAGAAAUCUGCGUGUCAGCCGCAGAGCGCUAUCUUUCAAGAUAUCUUAGUCUCUCGCAGGUUUUGAGUUUUUCAUUCUUACAUCGCAUGGGCAGGGUCCACUUUAAUGCUUUUAUACAUUGAAAAUAAUUAUUAUACUAACGAGGAUGUGUAUUUUAAGAAUGUAAAAAGGGAUUUUAAUAACUAAUUCGAAAAAUAAAAGGAUUUUUGCAA